AUGGCCCUCAACGACUUCUUCGCCGGCGAGAUCGCGACGGAGCUUCUCAAAAUGCUCAUCAGCAUCUCCCGGAAGUCGCUCCUCUGCCGUGCCAGCGCCGACCAACUCAUCUCGUACAUCCACGAGCUCCUCCCCACCAUCGAGGAGAUAAAGUACUCCGGCGUCGAGCUCCCCGCCCUGCGCCAGUCCCAGCUCCACCGUCUCUCGGAGCUUCUCCGGUCCGGCGUCGAGCUCUCCCACAAGGUCCUGGCCUCCAGCCGCUGGAACGUGUACCGCAACCUCCACCUCGCCAAGAAGAUGGACAAGCUCGAGAAGACCGUUUCCAAGUUCCUCCUCGGCCCCAUGCAGGCCCACAUCAUGGCCGACGUCCACCACACGCGCUUCGAGAUGGCGGAGCGCUUCGACCGCGUUGACAACUCCGUCCGCCGCCUCGAGCAGUACUUCGGGAACAUUAAGAUUGGCGUCGGCGGCGGCGGCUGGGUUGAGGAGGCUGUUAGGAGCGUGGACGAGAAUGUUGUUGACGGCAGCUCCGCCGUGGGGUUGGGGUUCGGGAAGAUUAAGGUAAGGGAGAUGCUUGUCGGAAGGGAGGAUCUCUGGGUUGUCGGGAUUUCUGGGAUUGGCGGCUCCGGGAAGACCACUCUCGCUAGAGAGGUCUGCAAAGAUGACCAAGUUAGAUGUUAUUUCAGGGAGAGGAUUUUGUUCCUGACUGUGUCUCAGUCUCCAAACGUGGAGCAACUAAGAACGAAGAUUUGGGGGUACAUUAUGGGAAAUGAGAGAUUGGAUUCGAACUAUGUGGUUCCACAGUGGGUGCCACAGUUUGAGUGCAAAAUUGAAGCAGCUCGAACUCUGAUUGUGUUGGAUGAUGUGUGGACACUCUCUGUGGUGGAGCAGCUUGUGUGCAGAAUACCUGGUUGCAAGUUUCUUGUGGUGUCCAGAACGAAAUUCCAAACGUUGGUGAGUUAUGAAGUGGAAUUGCUGAGUGAAGAGGAUGCCUUGUCUCUGUUCUGUCACCAUGCUUUUGGACAGAAAUCAAUCCCUUCAGCUGCUAAUGAGAGUUUGGUGAAGCAGGUUGUCACUGAGUGUGGAAGGCUUCCUUUGGCUCUUAAGGUGAUUGGAGCUUCUUUGCGAGAUCAACCUGAGAUGUUUUGGUUAAGCGUUAAGAACAGGUUAUCUCAAGGCCAAAGCAUUGGUGAAUCCCACGAAAUCAAUCUGAUUGAAAGAAUGGGAAUCAGUAUCAAUUACCUUCCAGAAAAGGUCAAGGAAUGCUUCUUGGACCUGUGUUCAUUUCCUGAGGAUAAAAAAAUCCCUUUGGAUGUACUCAUCAACAUGUGGGUGGAAAUCCAUGACAUUCCUGAAACAGAAGCUUAUGCCAUUGUUGUUGAACUCUCCAACAAAAAUCUUCUCACCUUAAUGAAAGAACAUCGUGCAGGGGGCAUGUAUAGCAGCUGCUUUGAGAUAUCAGUUACUCAACAUGAUAUACUGAGAAACCUAGCCAUUAAUCUGAGCAACCGUGCUAGCAUUAAUGAACGCAGGCGAUUAGUAAUGCCAAAAAGAGAAAACACAAUUCCUAAAGAGUGGUUGAGAUACAAACACAAACCAUUUGAGGCUCAGAUUGUUUCAGUUCAUACAGGUGAAAUGAAAGAUGUGGACUGGUGUAAUAUGGAGUUUCCAAAAGCAGAAGUUUUGAUCAUUAAUUUCACAUCCACCGAGUACUUCUUACCUCAGUUCAUCAACAGAAUGCCAAAUUUGAGAGCACUGAUAAUAAUAAACUACAGUGCAACAUAUGCUUGCCUUCACAACAUUUCAGUUUUCAAGAACUUGCCCAACUUGAGGAGCCUCUGGCUUGAAAAAGUUUCCACCCCAGAAUUAUCAGGCACUGUGUUGGAAAACUUGGGAAAACUUUUUAUUGUCCUCUGCAAGAUUAACAACAGUUUGGUUGAAAAAGAGGUAGAUUUAGCCAAAGUCUUCCCAAACCUCUUUGACCUCACUCUUGAUCAUUGUGAUGAUCUAACCCAAUUGCCCUCAAGCAUCUGUGGAAUGAAAUCACUUCAAAACUUGAGUCUCACCAACUGCCACAAUCUGAAUCAAUUGCCUCUUGAACUAGGGAAACUAAGAUCUCUAGAGAUUCUUCGUUUAUAUGCUUGCCCUGAACUGAAAACAGUGCCUAAUAGCAUAUGUGAGAUGAUGAGAUUGAAGUAUAUUGACAUUUCUCAAUGUGUGAACCUGAGAUGUUUCCCUGAAGAGAUUGGUAAAGUAGUGAGCUUGGAGAAGAUUGAUAUGAGGGAAUGUUCUAUGAUCAGAAAUGUACCAAAGUCUGCAUUGUCGUUGCAGUCUCUGCGACUUGUAAUUUGUGACGAAGAGGUUUCUGGGAUUUGGAAAGAGGUUGAGAAGGCGAAGCCUAAUGUGCACAUUCAAGUAUCAGAACAGCACUUUGACUUGGACUGGCUUAAAGAAUGA